AUGGCUUCUAUGGGAACACCAGCAGUGGUGAUGGACAAUGGUACCGGAUUGACCAAAUUGGGAUUCGCCGGUAACGAUUCACCCUCGUUUGUAUUUCCUACCGCCAUUUCGACGUUGUCAGCAUCGUCGUCCAAGUCAUCCGGUAACAAUGCAAAGUCCACUGGCUCCUUCUUAUCUUCCAAGAGAGGAUUGGAAGAUUUGGAUUUUUUCAUUGGUAACGAAGCCUUAGCUGCUGCCAAUGGACCUAACUAUAACUUGUCAUACCCAAUAAGACACGGUCAGAUUGAAAAUUGGGAUCACAUGGAGAGAUUCUGGGAGAGCUCUAUAUUCAAGUACUUGAGAUGUGAGCCUGAAGAUCAUUAUUUCUUAUUGACUGAACCACCAUUGAACCCCCCAGAAAACAGAGAACUGGUUGCCGAAAUUAUGUUUGAAAGUUUCAACUGUGCUGGUUUAUACAUUGCCGUUCAAGCUGUGUUGGCUUUGGCCGCUUCUUGGACGUCUUCAAAGGUUUCCGACAGAUCGUUGACCGGUACUGUUAUCGACUCUGGUGACGGUGUAACGCACGUUAUCCCAGUCGCGGAAGGUUACGUUAUUGGUGGGGCUAUUAAGAACAUCCCAUUGGCAGGUAGAGAUAUCACUCUCUUCAUUCAAUCAUUCUUGAGAGAUAGAGGUGAAUUGGACACUUCGUUGCAAACCGCUGAAAAGAUCAAGCAGCAAUUCUGUUAUGUUUGCCCAGAUAUCGUCAAAGAGUUUAACAAGUUUGAUCAAUAUCCACAAGAAAAAUUUGCACAGUACAUGGUUGAGUACGCUGAUAAGAACAGAUCAAAGACAGUAGUUGAUGUUGGAUACGAAAGAUUCUUGGCUCCAGAAAUUUUCUUCAACCCAGAGAUCUGUUCACUGGACUUCUUGACCCCAUUACCAACUGUUGUAGAUCAAGUUAUACAAGCCUCGCCUAUUGAUGUAAGGAAGAAAUUAUACAAGAACAUUGUCUUGUCAGGUGGUAGUACUAUGUUUAAGGACUUCGAUAGAAGGUUGCAGAGAGACUUGAAGACCUUGGUGAAGGAAAGAAUCGAGUUAAGUGAAAGAUUAAGCGGAGGUGUCAAAAGCAGUGGUGUUGAUGUGCAAGUUAUUUCACACAGUAGACAAAGGAACGCGGUUUGGUUUGGUGGUUCUUUAUUGGCUCAAACUUCCGAGUUCAAGAGUUAUUCAUACACCAAGCAGCAAUAUGAUGAAGAAGGUCCAAACUUGGUUAGAAACUUUUCCUUAUUCAAGUAA